CUACAUUAUCCCAGCGACGGAGGAGGGGUUAUAUUUUUAGACCUCCCUCUUAAUACAAAAUAUACCAGCGGAGAGGAGCAGCCUUUUGAAAGGGUUAAAUGGAGCGACUAUAGGGUUCCGGUGCUUUCCGACACAAUAGUGUCGCGCGGUCUGGGAUAGGCAAUGAAAUUACUUUUGUGUCGGGAGGGAGACUACAAGAAAUACUGCACCUUGUUGGAUUGACAACACUGUUGGGAGACUGAACACUUUCCAGGCUGACUGGCUGUCCGUCAUGAAGAAACGAGCCAAUAAGGCGUUGGAGCCAGAUGAGCCUCUGUGCUGCUGUGAGUAUGUGGACCGUCAGGGGGGGCGGAACCAUGUGGCAGCCUGCUGCUGUGACUGUGAGGACCUGGAUGAUGCCUGUGACAGAUGGCUGAAGAAAGAGCCCCAGAAGGCUGACUCACUGUCCCAUCUGGUUACUGUGAUGACCGACCGCCUCCGUGUUCCCUGGUUCUGGGGCGGAGCCCGGCGUGUCGACCUAUCUGUGCUCCCCCCGCUGCUCCUACUUCCUGUCCUCCUACACAUCGCAGCCCUUCACUUCCUGUUGGGUAUGGUUGUUCUGACAGCUCUACCGGUCCUGGUUCUAUGGUACUACUACGUCACUCACCGCAAGAAGGGUCGGACCCUGUUCUUCCUCAGCCUGGCGCUGUUCUCCCUGGGCUACAUGUACUACCUCUUCCUCACCGAGGUCUUCCCCAGGGGGGGUGUAGGGCUGACCCAGCUGGGCACAGUGACCCUGGGGGUGGGCCUCACUCUGGCCGCACUCGUCCACACCAAGAGAGAGCCCGGCUACGUACGGCCACACCCGGCUGACAUCCACAGCACAGUGACCUAUCACAGCCCUCCACCGGACAGAGACCCUGGCCAUAACGUGGUCGGGCAGGAAGUAGUGCUAGCCAAUCGGGGUAGUGGGUCGGAGCAGCAGGGCCAGGGGGUAGAGCAGAUGGAUAGUGGGCGGAGCAGGAACUGGUGCUCUGUGUGCAGGGUUAUGCGGCCCCCCAGGGCGGGACACUGCAGGAUCUGUGGCGUCUGUGUCCUGAGGCUGGACCACCACUGUGUCUGGAUAAACAGCUGUGUGGGACAGUCCAAUCACCGCAGCUUCCUGUUGACACUCCUCCUCUUCCUGUUGACCUCUCUGUAUGGGAUCAGUCUGGUGCUGCGCAGCGUGUGUCCUCAACAGAACAUUCUCACCUCUCUGCUCUACUGCCCAGGCGUCUACGACCAGUAUAGCUCAGCGUUGUGUUUCACCUGUGCGUGGUACAGCUGCAUAGUGACGGGUGGCCUGCUACACCUGCUGGUCCUGCAGCUCAUCAACGUCAGCUACAACGUGACAGAGCGAGAGGUGCGCACCGCCCUCCGAGACAAGACCACCCACAGUCUCUACUGGGGCCUCGUCGUCGACACAGGAGUCUACUCACAUGGUUUCCGUGGCAACUGGGCAGAGUUCCUGACCAUGGGAGAAGGCCCGGAUGCCCACUGGCCCAGGCUCACUGACCUGGUGUAGCUGACCUUGGGAGAAGGCCCGGAAGCCCCUUGGCCCAGCCUCACUUACCUGAGGUGCGUUCAACAAGGAAAAUAGUUUGCGAACAUUGGCUAACGUUAGCUAACAUAUUCCAUUUGUUUUGUGUUAAAAACAAUCAAGUGGCCAUGUAGCUAAGUCAUUUUCAGUUUGAAUAAUGUUGCUAAAAAGCCACAGUAAUCCUUACAAAAAGUAGCUGGUUGAAGUUUCACCGUAACAUUUUGGAAUGUUUAUUCAAAUCGUUCAACUGAAAUUGUUGCUCUGGCAACAUGUUCAUCGCAAACAGAAGCCUUGUUGAUCUCUCCUCUUGUGUAGCUGACCUGCUCAACAUCAUCAUCGCAUCGUUAGAAGUGAUUGAUCAAUUGGACGAUCCAGGUAGAAGUUGCCCACAGAUCUAGGGUCAUCUUACCCUCAUACAAUCUGACUUUAACCGUUAGGGGGAAGAACGUAAAACUGACCUUAGAUCACACUAGGGGGGCAACUUCACCCUGCUCCGUGAUAUGGACAAGAGUUGGAGGAUGUGGUGCUGCUGUACUGUCUUUCACCACCAGAUGGUAGCAUAUCUCCACACCUCGGACUGUUCAGACUGCCAUCUCCCUCUCUCCCAUUUAUCGUCUUCUGCCUUGUCUGUCUGUCUGUCAUCUCCCUACCUAUUCUGUCUGUCUGUCCUCUCCCCAACCUGUCUGUCAUCUCCCCUUUCUGUCUGUCCUCUCCCCUUUCUGUCUGUCCUCUCCUUCCCUAUUCUGUCUGGGACUGGGAGGGAGGCCGAGCCAGUCUGAAAUCAGCAAGCCUUUGUUAAGGUGUAACAGUGUUCGGUUCUGUUGUGAAGUAGCGCCCACUACAAUACCGUCCCUGAGCUGAACCAUAGCCUACAAUAACACACAACCACUUCUGUUAACUUUACUGACUGACAGCCUCAAUCUCACCAUCUCUACCUCUCUCUCUCUCUCCCUGACCUUUUCUCCCAUUCAAGUGCUGCAAUUGCUCUGUGCACAUUUCAUCCAUCUAUCUCUCCAUCGAUCUGUCUCACGCUCCCUCUCUAUCUUCAUUCUCCUCCCGCAAUCUCUUUCCAGGGUCCUUCUAACAUCCUGUCUCUCCCUCCUCAGUUGAGGUGCCUUUCUUUGAUGGGAGGUGACCAAACCACGUGACCAAAAUAAAACUAGGCCCUAGACGUUCCUUUCAACACUGAUUAACACUCCUCUCGAGAAAGGAACAGCUGUUGUCAAUAUGUUAUUUUUAUGUGUAACUGUUCCUGUGAGCUUCAGAAGGAAACAGGUAUUUAUCAAACAGCAUCGUGUUGAUACAUCUCUGUAGACUGAGGCUGGUCAGGAUCAUUAGUGUUGUUGCAUUAAACAUGACAUUUUAGUAAUUUAGCAGAUGCUCUUAUCCAGAGCGACUGACAGUAGUGAGUGCAUACAUUUUAAUGCUUUU